AUGAAGUUGCUCUUCACGUGUGUGAGUCUGCUGGUUGGAAUCUGCCUCAGUGAUGGUGCAGCCUCUCAGCUCUGGCUUUUAACUGCUAACAACUUAACAAUCAAGUUUGAGGAGGAGAACCCAGAGUUCUGGAGGACUCAGGCCCAGGAGACGCUGCAGGCGGCUCUGAACCGCAAACUCAACACCAACGUGGCUAAAAAUAUUGUGCUCUUUCUGGGCGAUGGCAUGGGAAUUACCACUAUGACAGCAGCACGGAUUCUGAAGGGUCAACUCCAAAACCACACUGGAGAGGAGACAGUUAUGACCAUGGACACUUUCCCUCAUGUGGGCCUAGCCAAGGUAUAUGCAGUAGACUUUCAGGUUCCAGACAGUGCUUCUACAGGUACAGCAUAUCUGUGUGGUGUCAAAACCAACUUCAACGUUGUAGGGGUCAGUGCAGCCGCACGUAAUGGACUGUGUGAAACCCAGAAAGGCAAUGAAGUCACCUCCAUACUGCACUGGGCCAAGGAAGCAGGUAAGUCAGUUGGCAUCGUCACAACGACACGUGUUCAGCAUGCCACUCCUGCGGCAGCGUAUGCCCACUCCGCCAGCCGUAGUUGGUAUAGCGACGCCGACUUGCCGGCUGACGCCAAGAGAAACGGCUGCACUGACAUCGCAUCACAACUGAUCAACAACACAGACAUUGAUGUGAUUAUUGGCGGUGGGAGGAAGUAUAUGAGCCCGAAUGGCACCGCUGACCCAGAGUACCCGACUGACCCCAGUGCCAACGGACUGAGAGAGGAUGGCAGAGACCUUAUAAAAGAGUGGCUGAAAAUGAAGGAGGGAAAGGCUGCUCAGUAUGUCUGGAAUAAAGCAGACUUUGAUGCCAUAGACCCAGCCAAGACAGACUACCUCAUGGCACUGUUUGAACCAGGGGAUAUGCGUUAUGAGUUGGACAGAGACAGUAAAAUGGAUCCAUCCAUCGUAGAGACCACAGAAAAAGCCAUCCACAUUCUACAGAAAAACCCCAAAGGAUUCUUCCUAUUGGUAGAAGGUGGCCGUAUCGACCAGGCUCACCAUAACAGCCUUGCCUCCAAGGCUCUGCACGAGGCCGUCGCCCUUGACUACGCUGUGGAACGGGCACUGAUGCUGACCAAUGAGGAGGACACACUGACUGUUGUCACAGCUGACCACUCCCACCCCUUCACCAUUAACGGAUACACCUUCAGAGGGAACAGCAUUCUGGGUAAAGUUCCACUGUGGGGAACAGAUUUUCUCCCGUUCACUACGCUGAUGUACGGCAACGGCCCUGGACACAAAAUCGUCAACAACAAGAGACCAGACAUCCGCAAGGUUGACACCAAAACGAAGGACUAUGUUCAGCAGGCGGCGGUGCCCAUGGGAAAGGAGACCCACGGUGGGGAGGAUGUUGCCGUGUUGGCCCGUGGCCCCAUGGCCCAUCUCUUCCAGGGCAUAAAUGAACAGAGUUACAUCGCUCAUGCCAUGGCUUACGCGGCCUGCGUCGGCCAGAACCAACGCCACUGCCACGUUACCAUGACGACAGCAUCCCCGGAACAUCCCCCCGAGAACACUAGCGGCGAGAGUGUCAAAAUUCGCUCAAACCUCCCUGCCAACAACGCUGUUGAACACUGUGGACGAUCUGACAUUGAUGAAAUAGGCGGGGACACGUCGUACAAGAUGGGGAAACCCGCCACACCAAUUAUUGAUUUCUCCUCCAUUUUGCUUAGGACCAAAGCAGAGCACUUCCAAAUUCCUAUUGGUCGCUGCCGAACCGUGUCAUAUCUCAUGACCAUAAAGUUAACCGAACCUCAACCGCAUUCUGACGCCAAAACCGCCCUCGCCGGGACGCUCUUCGCCCGCUUCAAGACGCGGGCUCACAUUGAAAACGAAUGA